AUGCCUCGUCGAAUAUUCAAAAAUCUCGUCAUCGCCACAGCAGGCCCCCUUCCCGGCCAACUCACCGUUGACAGCCUACGACAAUGGACUACAAUCCGCAAAGGGGUCUUCACUGAGGACUUUGACGAGCAUGUCACGCAUCUUUUAUGCACUAGAGAACAAUUCAACCAAAAACUUCCAAGAAUCAAGGAGGCGCUAGCCCGAGGGAAACAGCAACACAUUGUUCACUGCGACUGGUUCGAGAUAUCCGCCGUCAAUGAUAAGAAAGAGCCUGAGAGAGACUAUUCCAUGAGAAAUAUCCUUGCCAAGCAAAACGCGGCGAAGAGAGAACUAGCUCGAAUCGAAAGGGGGAAGAGAGAAGGCGAAAGAGCUGUCAAUACAAACUUGUUCCACAUUUACAUCGACCGAGAGUUCUUCUCAUAUCAAAUCGAUAUUACCCGCGAUGAUGACGAAAAGGGAGAGUUGGGGCAACGAUACACUCUCUACCUCUGGGAAUCCAACGCCAAACCCCACCUCUACUGGUUCACUGCCAAAUUCAUAAAGAAGAAGGGAGACAGCCAACCCAGGUUCCACCGUCCAAGUCCCUGCUCUGGGCCUUGGCGCCGAGAAAUGGAUCUGUUCAUGGGCUUUUUCCGCAUCAAAACGGGGAUAGAAUGGCAGGAUCGCAUAAUUAAACAGAAAACGAUGCCGAAUUCAUUCUUCCAGUAUUCGCCACCAACAGGCGGGAAACCCGUUGGACGCCGUCUUCGAUUCUGCUACGAAUAUUGUCUACAAGUUAACGCCCAACUGCGAGGGUUGCCCUGGCCGCCUGUAGAAGAAAUACAAUGA